AUGGCAGACUUCGCUGGACUGCCCCCGCUCCAAGAUGACCAGCUCGCGACCCGUACUCGCCGCUUCACCGAGUUCCUCGACCUCGACGCCGGCUCAGAGGCGGCAAAGCGCAUGAGCAUGCACUACCGCUCGUCCGUGAAGAAGAUGCUGGACGCGCAGGAGAGGCGGUUGAUCGUCAACCUCGACGACCUGCGAGACUACGACCGCGAGUUCUGCGACGGCUUGCUGAAGGAACCGGCAGCGUGGCUUCCGGCGGCAGACGCGGCUUUGAAGGACAUGGCGGUCAAUCAGGCUGGCGACCGGAUGGCCGAAUCCGUUAAGCAGGACACCUUCUACGUCGGCUUCAAGGGAUCGUUCGGCGAGCAUCACACGACGCCGCGAACCUUGCGCAGCGACAAGCUCGGCAAGAUGGUCUGCAUGGAGGGAAUCGUCACGCGCUGCAACCUCGUCCGACCAAAGAUGCAGCAGUCGGUCCACUACUGCCCGACGACGACCAACUUCCACACGCGCCUCUAUACCGACCGCCUCUCCUCGGCCGCUGCGUCCGGCGCGCCGGUCUCCUCCUCCGCCUACCCCCAGACCGACGCCGACGGCAACCCUCUCGAGAUCGAGCACGGCCUCUCGACCUUCAUGGACCACCAGAUGAUUUCGAUCCAGGAGAUGCCGGAGCGCGCGCCGGCUGGACAGCUUCCUCGCAGCGUCGAGGUCGUCAUGGAGGACGAUCUUGUCGAUAGGUGUAAGCCUGGAGAUCGCUUGCAGAUUGUCGGCGUCUAUCGCAGUCUCGGUGGCGGAGCAAGCGGCAGCGCGCACUUCAAGACCCUCAUCGUUGCAAACCACGUCGUCCUUCUCUCCGCCAAGGCCCGCGCAGGCAUCGCCCAGCAAACCAUUAGCACGGACGACGAGCGCGAGAUCCGCAAGGUCGCCAAGCGCAAGGACGUCUACGAGCUGCUCUGGAAGUCGCUCGCUCCCUCGAUCUAUGGCUCAGACUACAUCAAGCAGGCGAUCCUCCUCCUCCUCCUCGGCGGUGUCGAGAAGAACCUCCCGAACGGCACCCACUUGCGUGGAGACAUCAACGUCCUCAUGGUCGGUGACCCCUCGACCGCCAAGUCUCAGAUGCUCCGCUUCGUCCUCAACACCGCUCCUCUCGCCAUUGCCACGACCGGUCGUGGUUCGUCCGGAGUCGGAUUGACUGCCGCCGUCACGACGGACAAGGAGACGGGCGAGCGUCGACUCGAGGCGGGUGCUAUGGUCCUUGCUGACCGCGGCGUCGUCUGCAUCGACGAGUUUGACAAGAUGUCCGAGGUGGACCGUGUCGCCAUCCACGAGGUCAUGGAGCAGCAGACCGUUACGAUCGCCAAGGCCGGCAUCCACACGUCGCUCAACGCGCGCUGCUCGGUCGUCGCCGCCGCCAACCCGAUCUACGGCCAAUACGACGUCCACAAGGACCCGCACAAGAACAUCGCCUUGCCCGACUCGCUCCUGUCUCGUUUCGACUUGCUCUUCAUCGUGACGGACGAGGCGGACGAGCAGCGCGACCGGCAGAUCUCGGAGCAUGUCUUGCGCAUGCACCGCUAUGUCCAGCCUGGACUCGAGCCGGGCGCGCCGGCUGUCGACUCGCUUGAGCAGCACUUGAGCGUCGGGACGGAGCAGCCGGCUGCGAAUGCGGGUGGACCGGCCAAGACUUCGCCGUUCGAGAAGUACAACGAGCUCUUGCACGGAGGGAUCGCGCCCAAGGUCGUCAAGAAGCGCGGAGGGAAGAAGGAGACUGUCCCGCCGGACGUCCUGACGAUCCAGUUCGUCAAGAAGUACAUCCAGUUCGCCAAGUCGCACGUUCAGCCGGUCCUCACGCCCGAGGCGUCCGAAUGCAUCACCAAGGCCUGGACGAACUUGCGCAACGACGAUGCGGGACCGAACCAGAAGAGGACCUCGCCCAUGACCGUCCGCGCGCUCGAGACGCUCAUCCGUCUCUCGACCGCGCACGCCAAGGCGCGCAUCUCGCCCGACAUCCUCAUCGAAGACGCCGAAGCAGCGGAAGAGAUCCUCCGCUACGCGCUCUACAAGGAGGUCGUCAAAGCCUCGAAGCCCAAGUCGAAGCGGCGGAGGUUGAACAAGCCCAAGCGGGGCGACAAGGGGUCGGACGAGGAGGACUCGGACGAGGACGAGGGCGAGAGCAGCAGUGAUGAUGAGGACGAUGGGCGCGGGCCGAAGAGGAUGGAGAUGCCUGGGAGUGCUAGGAAGAAGGGCACGAGGGCGAACCCCGCGAGGGGUGCGAGGGCGGGCAGCGCGAGGGCUGGGAGCGCGAGUCCGAGUCCGGCGGCAGUCGAGGCGGAGGGCGAGGGAGACUGGAUGAUGGUUGAGCAGGGUCAGCAGCGCAUGGAGGAGGACGAGGACGAGCAGGCUGCGGCGGGAACGCCGACGCCUCCGCCUGUCCCGGCUGUCGAGCAGGCUGAGAAGGUCGCCCAGGCUGAUCUGCCUGCGCAGGGUGGACUCGAGCCAGCCAGGUUCAAGCUCUUCCAGCAGCGACUGGCGGCCGUGCGCAAGGCGACGUUCAAGGACCAAGACGAGAUCUCGCUCGGGCAGCUGAUGGAGCCGCUCAACGCCGACCUCGCCGUCGACCAGCUGUUCGGCCGCGCCGAGGUCGAGCAGAUCCUCGAGGCGCUGUCGGAGCAGGACGACUCGGUCAUCACCUUCCACAGCGGGGUACUCUACUUCUAA